GGGUCCUUUUCCUUUUCCGUCCGCCAUCGCUGGUGGACCCACAUCCAAGAUGCAGAUUUUUGUUAAAACCCUUACGGGGAAGACCAUCACUCUCGAGGUUGAGCCCUCGGAUACAAUAGAAAAUGUAAAGGCCAAGAUCCAGGACAAGGAAGGAAUUCCUCCCGAUCAGCAAAGAUUGAUCUUUGCUGGCAAACAACUUGAAGAUGGACGUACUCUAUCUGACUACAACAUCCAAAAGGAGUCUACUCUUCAUCUCGUUUUGAGACUUCGGGGUGGUGCUAAGAAAAGGAAGAAGUCUUAUAACACUCCCAAGAAGAAAAAGCAUAAGAGAAAGAAGGUUAAAUUGGCUGUCCUGAAAUAUUACAAGGUGGAUGAAAAUGGCAAAAUCAGUCAUCUUCGCCGAGAAUGCCCUUCAGAUGAAUGUGGUACUGGAGUUUUUAUGGCCAGCCACUUUGACAGACAUUAUUGUGGCAAAUGCUGUCUGACCUAUUGCUUCAACAAACCAGAAGAUAAAUAAAUGAUUACCUGUUUGGGUUAAUAAAGGGCAUGAGCUCUAACAUUAAUUGUUAUGUUCUGGUCCAUUGAUUAAAGAAUGAUUUUUAAAUAUGAAAAAAAAAUAAA